GAUACACACAACAUUGAAAGAAGUUUGAAAUACGGACCGUGUCCAAAUUGACUUUGAUCUUUCUUGACAAACACGAAACCACCACGAACCAAAUACAAUCUCACACACCUUAAAAAACCAAAAGCCGCCUGCCAUGCGGAGACUCGUAGCUCACAAAGCCAAAAGUUUGAUCACUAACGCCACCGUUUCCCUUUUAAACCCCCAUCGUCAAUCUUCUUCUCCUUCAAAUUAUUGUUCCAGACUUGCUCGAUUCUUCACAUCUCUCCCUUCCGACACAUCAAUGGCUUCUCACAACCCUCUUUCCGUUGACUCCCUUAACCCCAAGGUUUUGAAAUGUGAGUAUGCUGUUCGAGGUGAAAUCGUUUCUCUGGCUCAGAAUUUACAGCAAGAUUUGAAAGCAAAUCCAGGCUCUCAUCCUUUUGAAGAGAUACUUUACUGCAAUAUCGGAAAUCCGCAUUCUCUUGGUCAACAACCGAUCACUUUCUUCAGAGAGGUUCUUGCAUUAUGUGAUCAUCCUACCAUAUUGGAUAAGAGUGAAACACAAGGAUUGUUUAGUGCUGAUUCCAUUGAGCGAGCAUGGCAGAUCCUUGAUCAAAUUCCUGGAAGCGCUACAGGUGCAUAUAGUCACAGUCAGGGUGUUAAAGGAUUGCGUGACACCAUUGCUGCUGGCAUUGAAGCUCGCGAUGGUUUUCCCGCUGACCCAAAUGAUAUUUUCUUGACAGAUGGUGCAAGUCCAGGGGUCCACAUGAUGAUGCAGUUGCUGAUACGAUCGGAGACCGAUGGAAUUUUCUGUCCAAUUCCUCAGUACCCUCUUUAUUCCGCUUCGAUCGCCCUUCAUGGUGGAACUCUUGUUCCUUAUUAUCUCGAUGAAGCAACAGGGUGGGGACUUGAGAUCUCUGAGCUCAAGAAGCAACUGGAAACUGCUAGACAAAAGGGUAUUGCGGUUAGGGCGUUGGUUGUGAUUAAUCCAGGAAACCCAACAGGACAGGUUCUUGCAGAGGAGAACCAACGUGAAAUUGUCGAGUUUUGCAAGAAAGAAGGUUUGGUUCUUCUAGCGGAUGAGGUAUACCAGGAAAAUGUCUAUGUCCCCGAGAAGCAGUUUCACUCUUUCAAGAAAGUCGCGCGUUCAAUGGGAUAUGGUGACAAGGAUAUCCCCUUGGUUUCUUUUCAAUCGGUGUCGAAAGGGUAUUAUGGUGAAUGUGGGAAAAGAGGUGGUUACAUGGAGGUGACCGGUUUCAGUCCGGAGGUUAGGGAACAAAUUUACAAGGUGGCAUCCGUGAAUUUGUGUUCGAAUAUUUCUGGUCAGAUUCUUGCAAGCCUUGUUAUGAGCCCUCCAAAGGUUGGAGAUGAAUCAUACGAAUCCUACUUUGCCGAAAAAGAUGGCAUCCUGCAAUCACUGGCAAGGCGUGCAAAGAUAUUGGAAGAUGGAUUGAACAAGUUAGAGGGUGUUACUUGCAACAAAGCAGAAGGCGCAAUGUAUCUUUUCCCACGCAUUCGGCUGCCCAACAAAGCAAUAAAAGAAGCGGAAUCACUUAAAAAAGCACCCGACGCUUAUUACGCUGCUCGCCUUCUAAACGCCACUGGUAUAGUUGUGGUUCCUGGUUCUGGUUUUGGUCAGGUUCCUGGGACGUGGCAUUUUCGGUGCACGAUAUUGCCACAAGAGGAGAAGAUUCCGGCUAUAGUUUCGCGGUUGACUGAAUUUCACCAGAAGUUCAUGGAUGAGUUCCGUGAUUAAAUGGGUUCACAGCGUUUUUGUUUUGCUUCUGGUGGUGAUAAACUACAAAACAGGCCUUGAGGAAAUUUGGAAUAAAAGGUCAAAUACUUUUGUUAGCAAUUAUUUUGAUGGUGAGAUUUUCAGUUUCUGUUGAUCUGUUAUUCAUUUUGAGAACAUAUCUUGCAAUUUUUUUUAUAUGUAUAACUGAAAAUUUUAUACAAUAUCAUAUAUAUCAAGCUAAUAAUACUACUAGUAUUUUAUAUGUCAAA